AUGGCAUCACUACCGAUUCAAUGUGAAAUGUGCUUAGAGGAAAAUGCUGUUGGAAGUUGCGAUACAUGUGGGCAUGUCGGUGAAGCCUGCUUACGUAUUCAUCAGAAAGGAAGGUCAUUUCGAACUCACAUUAUCAACGUGUUGAACAAGGAAAACCAUGCAGCAAUUAGGAAUGACAUUACAGAAGAGCGAUGUAAGCAACAUCCGACAGAAAGAGCUAUCUUUCUUUGUAAAACUCAUGAAUCGAUGAUUUGUGGUAGUUGCCUUCAUUCUGAGCAUCCAUCUUGCGUGCAGGAAGUCGUUGAUCUGCUGGAUGAAGAUAUUAAAAUUGACUGCGAUAAAGUCAACACGAUGAAAUCACUGUUCAAUGAGUUAAAAGAUGACAUUUUGCUGUUGAAAGUUAGUGCAGAACACAGUAAGGAGAAUUACAAGAAUAAUGCUGAUAAAUGCGUGCAAGAAUGUAUGGAAUUAGGCAAUAGCAUUAAACAACGUGUAGAUGAAUUGACAAGUAAUAUUAGAGACGGAAUAGCAAUGAGACAUUCCAAAAACGUCAGUGCCCAUUCCCUUAUUACUAAAAUGUGUGAUGAGAAAAGCAAGUGGUGUGCCAAUGAAGAAACAAAUAUUGAUGAUUUUGUUGACAACAAUAUGGCUGGUUACUUGUACCUAAUGGGAAGACAUUUUGAGAAAGAUAUUUCGAAAGCUAGAUCCCACCUCAAAGAAAUCAAAAGCAAGUACAUUUUUAAAGGGAUUGACUUUAAACAAAACAAAGUUAUACUUAAUUGUUUGUUCGAGGACUUGGAGGAAGUCUGUGAACUGCAUGAAGAAGUUACUGGAAGCGACGAUGGAAAUUCCGACGAUUAUGCCACAUCCACCACAGAAAUAAACAAGACAAGAAAGCAGUUCGAGCAAGAAUUACUGAAAGCGAAACAGGACAUAGAGAAAUCUGAAAAGACACAGACGGAACUGCGUGAUGAACUGAAACGAGUUAAACAAGACCUAUAUCAUUCAGAACAGUCUCACCAUCCGGCCCCUGGAAACCCGAUAAAAGGCGACACAUUCACAGGACGUUUGGAAUACGACUCUGAGGGCGAGCUGCUAUGUAGGAUGGUAAAGGCGGCGUUCAGGAGAGGGUUGAUGUUUACCAUUGAUCAGGAAGGAAAAGUUGUCCUGGAUGGCAUCUCAUUGUAUGACGGUUAUGUGCAUUCUGGAUUUUUCGAUCGAUCGCAUCCGGAUUACGUUAAAUACGUACAUACCUUGAAACCGGAACUUGCUGCCAAAGGCAUCACAGAGGCGGACGUAAAGCAGGAUUGGAAGAUGGAAGAGACUUUCACUGUCGAUGAUCGGUAA